CGGGCGCUCCUUCCUGCCUCCCUCCCCACCCGCCUCAGGGCGGCGAUUGGUAGCGAAGGGGAAGCUGUUGAUAACGGACACCCCCCCACACACACCUUUUAAAACGCUUGGGCUUUUCUCUCUCUUUUUAAACAGUAGUAAUAAUAAUAAGUGAAUCCAGAGACGGCUUAGCCGCGUUUAGUCUGUCGCAGCGAGAGCAGCUCCAAUUGUCUUAAGAGGCUACAAAUGGGUUGAAGCUCUCGUGAAAAUAAAAGGCCAGAGGCCGCAGCUUCAGUAUUGGAAGCAGAAGUUGUACAAUAUAUUGAUUCCAACAUUUGUAGCAUCUUCAGGAAAAAAAGAAAAGUAAGAUAAUUGGAAAGCUCAUGUCAUCAGGAAUGCUACCAGAAAACCUUGUGGCAUCCAAGGUUACUGAUGUAAAAGGAGAUGGGAAGUGCAACCUUGAUCAAAUGGGAAAUGAAUUACUGGAAAAGAUGGAGAAUAUUGAAGCUGUGUCAAAGAGGCAAAGAAAGAAGCUAAUGAAACAGAAACAGUGGGAAGAACAAAGAAACUUGCGCAAACAGAAACGUAAAGAAAAACGCCUGAAGAGAAAACAAGAGCGCCAGUCUCAGUUGGAAUCUAGCAACGACGGAAGUUUCAGGAAACGUUUGCGUAGAGAUGUUGUUCCUAGUACCCUUCGCCUUAUUAUAGAUUGCAGUUUUGACAAUUUAAUGGAGCUAAAGGAUGUCAAGAAACUUCACAAGCAAAUUCAGAGAUGUUAUGCAGAAAAUCGCAAAGCACUCCAUCCUGUACAGUUUUACUUGACUAGCCAUGGAGGCCAGCUAAAGGACAACAUGAAUGAAACUGACAAAGGAUGGGUAAACUGGAAGGAUAUCCACAUUAAAUCAGAACAUUAUAGUGAACUGAUGAAGAAAGAAGACCUUGUGUACCUUACAUCAGACUCUCCUGAAGUCCUGAAUGAACUAGAUGAGUCCAAAGCCUAUGUCAUUGGAGGUCUUGUGGAUCACAAUCAUCACAAGGGCAUUACAUACAAAAGAGCACAAGAAGAAGGCAUAAGUCAUGCACAACUUCCACUAGGGAUCUUUGUGAAAAUGAACAGUCGGAAAGUUCUGGCAGUCAAUCAUGUGUUUGAAAUCAUCCUUGCAUUCUUGGAAAAGAGAGACUGGGAGGAAGCAUUUUUCACCGUUUUGCCACAACGGAAAGGAGCCAAACCACGAAAUGAGACAACUGAAGCCACCAUGUGCGAGCGGCAGAAGUCAGAAAUGGUACAAGGAGAAGCUGAUGUAACAGAGCUGCUAAGGGUGAACUUCCAGGGCCAGCUGAAUCAUUUCAGUUAUCUAGCAAUGCAUUUUAAGAAUGAAGUGGCAGGUUAAAUUAGGCUUAGAGUAAAUGAGUGGCUUCCAGUAGCCUUCCCCAACGUUGUGCCCUCCAGAUGAUUGAAUACAACUCCCAUCAGCCCCAGCCAGCAUGGCCAAUUCACCUUUCAAGCUUCAUGACUGAGUAGGGUUUUGAGCCCAAAUCUAACACUGUUUUCAAUACCACGCUUGUUCUUCUCAUAAGAAGCAAUGCACUAAAUGUUUGUGGGGGUGUUACUAUGUGCUGCACAUCUCAUGUAAUUUGCGUAUCUUUUCAGUAGGAGAAUACCACCAGCUAACCCGCAUAACUUUCCCUGCCUUGCUAAUGGCACCUGCAUCAUGUUCACAACAGACUGCUCUGGUUGUUUGGCACUGGUAACCACUAAAUCUUAGUCUGAUCUGUUUUAAAAACUAAUAUUAAAGUUCCCAUGGAAGUCUAUUUUA